GUGUGUCUUUUCUCGGGAGUUGGGGCGGAGGCCCGCCCCGGUUGAGGGGCUCUCCGGAAAAGCUGGGGUUACCUGCGGGGCAGGGGCGGGAUUGGGGUGCACGGCGGGGCCGGGUGGCUGGAGCGCGCUCUUGGGCUGGGGCCGAUUCGAGCGGCAGAGCGGCCGGGAAAGCCGGAGACCGGGUGCGGAGAGGGCUUUCGCUGGGGACCCGUUAGGCCUUGUGACCCACUUUAUUCCUGUCACAACUCGGGCACGUUUGGAGCGGAGCCCAAUGGGGCGCCAGGACGGCCAGCUCCUCCGGGGAACCCCCGCCCUCCCGGCCCUCGGCCCUCGCGCCGCGGUCCGCAGUCCGUGUGGCGGCCACCGCCGCCCGUGGGCUGGUUCCGUUAGUGGUCGCGGUUCCGGGCCUCGGUCCCCGGGGAGCGCGCGGCUCCGCGCGUCCGACUCAGGCGACUGCGCGGGUUCGAGGGUGCCCCGCGCGGCGCCGCUUCUCCUUCCUUCCGUCCAUCCGCUCCCGCCUGCUCCGUGUCACCGCGGCAGCUGGCUCUUCUAGCUGCCUUUCCGCCGGCGAAGCCGGAGUCUUUAUAGCUAGUCCUGGAGCUCUGGCCCCAGGAGUGUAGUUUCCAACGCGUAGCGCCGCAGAGCUUAUAUUCCUAAGUGCGUUUUCGCCGGUGUAGAAAUCGUCCUGUUAGUAAUAGCAGAAUCCUGAAAGGUAAAAGCCUCGUCCUCUGACCUGGCAAAUGAAAGAUCGAAUCAGGUGGCGGUUUCUUGCUAUCAGAAUGCCACGCUCUACGACCUUAAGCCUUUCUAACCUUAAAAAAAAGAAAAAAACCAAUGUCUUCUUUUACAGUGAAGGAAAAGCCCAAGAAGUAAAGAAACUUUUACAGUAAUUGUUGAUUUGGCUAUUAUGCUGAUCCCCCGAAUCAAAAAAAGCUGCUGAAACUUAGAAGCUGAUUUUGUCACAGUGUAAGAUGCCUUUGGAAGAUUCUGCAUUCCUCUUAGAUGAAUCUUUACAACUUGUCAACACUCGUUUAACCAAUACCAAGAUCAAGAUAUAGAACAUUUUCAUCAAUCCAGGAGCCUCCUUCAUGCCCCCUGACAGUCAUCACGCACUCCCAAAGAAUUCUGAGACUGAUGGUCAGCCAUACAGAAGAAUACAUUGAACUUACAGUUUUCUGAAGAAUCAGUUCAAAAGAUCCCCAAAAUACAAAAGAGUCAUAAUAAUGUUAACUCUGGAUAUAACCACCUAGCCAAAAUCACGGUAUUGGAAAUUUGGGCAAGCGUGCGUGUAUAUGAGGAGAAGUACAAAUGUCUACUACAAGACGAAAACGUAAUAUGUUAUGUUGUUUACCGUAAGCUGUAGUAAAAUGAGCUCACUUGUUGACAGAGACGAUGGUAGUAUUUUUGAUGGGUUGGUGGAAGAAGAUGACAAGGACAAAGCAAAAAGAGUAUCUAGAAACAAAUCUGAAAAGAAACGUAGAGAUCAGUUUAAUGUUCUCAUUAAAGAACUGGGAUCCAUGCUUCCUGGGAAUGCUAGAAAGAUGGACAAAUCUACUGUUCUACAGAAGAGCAUUGAUUUUUUACGAAAACAUAAAGAAAUCACUGCACAGUCAGAUGCUAGUGAAAUUCGACAGGACUGGAAACCUACAUUCCUUAGUAAUGAAGAGUUUACACAAUUAAUGCUGGAGGCUCUUGAUGGUUUUUUUUUAGCAAUCAUGACAGAUGGAAGCAUAAUAUAUGUGUCUGAGAGUGUAACUUCAUUACUUGAACAUUUACCAUCAGAUCUUGUGGAUCAAAGUAUAUUUAAUUUUAUCCCAGAGGGGGAACAUUCAGAAGUUUAUAAAAUACUCUCUACGCAUCUGCUGGAAAGUGAUUCAUUAACCCCUGAAUAUUUAAAAUCAAAAAAUCAGUUAGAAUUUUGUUGUCAUAUGCUUCGAGGAACAAUAGACCCAAAGGAGCCGUCUACUUACGAAUAUGUGAAAUUUAUAGGAAAUUUCAAAUCUUUAAACAGUGUAUCCACUUCAGCACACAAUGGUUUUGAAGGAACAAUACAACGCACACACAAGCCUUCUUAUGAAGAUAGAGUUUGUUUUGUAGCUACUGUCAGAUUAGCUACGCCUCAGUUCAUCAAGGAAAUGUGCACUGUUGAAGAACCUAAUGAAGAGUUUACAUCUAGACAUAGUUUAGAAUGGAAGUUUCUAUUUCUAGAUCACAGGGCACCACCCAUAAUAGGAUAUUUGCCAUUUGAAGUUCUGGGAACAUCAGGCUAUGAUUACUAUCAUGUGGAUGACCUAGAAAAUUUGGCAAAAUGUCAUGAGCACUUAAUGCAAUACGGGAAAGGCAAAUCAUGUUACUAUAGGUUCCUGACCAAAGGACAACAGUGGAUUUGGCUUCAAACUCAUUAUUAUAUCACUUAUCAUCAGUGGAAUUCAAGACCAGAGUUCAUUGUUUGUACUCACACCGUAGUAAGUUAUGCAGAAGUUAGGGCUGAAAGACGACGAGAACUUGGCAUUGAAGAGUCUCUUCCAGAGACAGCUGCUGACAAAAGCCAAGAUUCUGGGUCUGAUAAUCGUAUAAAUACAGUCAGUCUCAAGGAAGCAUUGGAAAGGUUUGAUCACAGCCCAACUCCUUCUGCUUCCUCCCGGAGUUCAAGAAAAUCAUCUCAUACUGCAGUCUCAGACCCUUCCUCUACACCUACAAAGAUCCCAACGGAUACUAGCACUCCUCCCAGACAGCAUUUACCAGCUCAUGAAAAGAUGGCACAAAGGAGGUCAUCAUUUAGUAGUCAGUCCAUAAAUUCCCAGUCUGUUGGUCAGUCAUUAACACAGCCAGUGAUGUCUCAAGCUGCAAAUUUACCAGUUCCACAAGGCAUGUCCCAGUUUCAGUUCUCAGCUCAGUUAGGAGCCAUGCAGCAUCUGAAAGACCAGUUGGAGCAACGGACUCGGAUGAUAGAGGCAAACAUUCAUCGGCAACAAGAAGAACUAAGAAAAAUUCAAGAGCAGCUUCAAAUGGUCCAUGGUCAAGGGCUUCAGAUGUUUUUACAACAGUCAACCCCUGGAUUGAAUUUUGGUUCUGUUCAACUUUCUUCUGGAAAUUCAUCUAAUAUCCAGCAGCUUGCACCUAUAAAUAUGCAAAGCCAGGUUGUUCAGACUAACCAAAUUCAAAGUGGAAUGAAUACUGGACACAUUGGCACAACUCAGCACAUGAUACAACAGCAGACUUUACAAAGUACAUCAAGUCAGCAGAAUCAACAGAAUGUACUGAGCGGGCACAGUCAGCAAACAUCUCCUCCCAGUCAGACACAGAGCACUCUUACAGCCCCACUGUACAACACUAUGGUGAUUUCUCAGCCGACGGCCGGAAGCAUGGUCCAGAUUCCAUCUAGUAUGCCACAGAACAGUUCCCAGAGUGCUGCAGUAACUACAUUCACUCAGGACAGACAGAUAAGAUUUUCUCAAGGUCAGCAGCUUGUGACCAAGUUAGUAACUGCUCCUGUAGCCUGCGGGGCGGUCGUGGUGCCCAGCGCUAUGCUCAUGGGUCAGGUGGUGACUGCCUACCCUACCUUUGCUCCACAACCACCGCAGUCACAGACACUGCCGGUCCCACAGCAGCAGCAGCAGCAGCAGCAGCAGAGUUCCCAGGAACAGCAACUCCCUGCAGUGCAGCAGCCGCCGCAGGCGCAGCUGGCUCAACCGCCGCAGCAGUUUUUACAGACUUCUAGAUUGCUCCACGGGAACCCUUCAACUCAGCUUAUCCUCUCUGCUGCAUUUCCACUACAGCAGAGCACUUUCCCUCAGUCACAUCACCAGCAACACCAGUCUCAGCAACAGCAGCAACUGAAUCGGCGCAGGACUGACAGUUUGACUGAUCCUUCCAAGGUUCAACCACAGUAGCACACACGCUUCCUUUCUGCCCUCAAGGGAGGAAGGGGGUGGCCCAUAAAAGAGUUGCUCGGAUGAUCUGAGGAUAGCAUGAAAAGUUCCAGUGGUUUCAUGAGAUGCAGUAUUGAGUGUUCUAGUUCCUGGAAUUAGUUAGCAGAGAAAAUGCUGCCUCGUGCUGCGGAUGUGCAUUAAAUACCAGCCAGCAGGAGAUGAUCAUAGGGCCAUAGCCAAUCCUGACAGUGUUUUACUUGCCCAGAUAUUUUUUGAUGGAAAAAGAGUAUAUUGCCAAAUGUUAAGAAACUCAGCUAUGAAACAUGACCUCCAGUGAAUAAGAAAGGCACUAACAAUGUUAGUAACUUUGAGUGGUUCUGUGCCUGUUUUCAAGUGUUACAGAGGAUACACCACUGCCAUGUCAGGGGUUUGCUUACAAUGAUGCCAUGAAGACAGUCCAGUAGACUCAGUAGGCCCCCUUCCCCAACCCCUCUCCCUUUUCGGAUAAUGAUGGAAUAGUAAUUAAUUUCAGAAUGUUGUAUGAGUUUAAAUUCUCUAUGUACAGACGCUGUAAAAAUAAUAUUAUGUAUAUGUCUGGAUAAAAGGAGAGAAAGCAAAACAUUUUGUAUGCUGCAUGAAAGCAUUAUCUCAUUUAGGUAUGAGUAGUUUCCUUAGAUUCUGACACCAUGUGCAAACUAAUACAUCCUCUUCUCUCUUUUGUUUACCAUACAGUAGUGUUCUCUUCAGUUUCCGGGGCACAAGUCUUUUUAUGUUCAUACUUUGGCUGUGAUGUCACAGUUUGUUCAGUGAGGUAUGAUGUGCUGCUGGGAAUGGAUUUUUUUUUUCAGGUUAAAUUAUUUGAAACAGGAUUUUCAAGUUACUCAGAAAUAUCCCUCAUUUCAUUAUUUUUCAAUUAUGUUUGAAAAUAGGAUUUGCACUGCUUUAUUUUAAGAUGGUUGGGAGUUUUGAUCACAUAUUUUGAUCUAGUUCAUAGUUGGAAAUAGUUGUGUAAAUGGUUUUUAACAAGCCUGAAAGUAAUUUAAAGAAUGUUUCAGUUAUAGGAGUGAAUUUGCACACAAAAUAUUUUAGGCACUUUUUAACGUUCUCACUGGUGGGAAUUUUAACUUUUAGGAUUUGUUGGAACCUUUUUAUUAUCCCCACAAUUUCAAUGCUUCUUUUAGUCAGAAAUGAUUCAGGGUUAUUUGAGGGAAAAAAAAAAAACAAAAAAAAACAACCCAUUGUGCCUUGAUUUUGAUUCAGGUGAUAACUCACCAUCUUGAGCUCAUCGUCUGGUUUCAGUAGCAGUUUUGAAAUCUUGGUACAUUUUUAAUAGCAUGUGGGUGUCAGUGCCAUUAAGUUUCUAAUGAAGACUGCUUUGAGUCUCUUGGUUUAGAGGUACAAAUAAUUUCAAAAUAAAAGAUGACAUCCUAAUGAUACAUCAGAGUUACUAAUGUGAUCACAAAGUUGUUUUGCUAAAUCAUCAUUUUCCUUAAAGCUAUGUAGUCAUUUAGUAAUUACCAGUAAAUAUUUGCUCAAUGUGAUCUUAAAAUCCUGUGAAGAAAAAAGAAGGGGUAGGAAUUGGCUUUGCCUUCACUACAGCAGUAGAAUAUUGUAGCUCACAUGCUUCAUAAACAUGAACUAAGAUUUCAUUUGUUAAUACAUUCUAAAGGUAGUAAGUUCCAACCAGAAUUACGUACAUUAAAAAAAAAGCAUUUUAUAGAUUUUAUGGUACUAGUAAUUAAAUUUAUAACUACAGAACAAAGGAAAAUUAAUGGGAAAAAAUCUUAUUAGAAUAUCAAAAAUUAUUACUGAGGAAAGGGAAGACAGCAAGCUAUAAUAAAUCAAAAUUGACCUUAAAAGAAAAUGUGUAACAGAAUUGAGGUUGUUAAAUAGAAAAGAUUUCAGCAAUGAAAAUAAUCUAGUACAGAAUUGCUAGAUAAAGGAGUCAGGGGAACUCUCAGUCAGUUCUUAAGACUUUUCUGUUCUCAGCUUUGCUAUCAUCCUUAAGGGGUAUACUUUGUCUUUCUGUAGAAAACCAUGCCUGGCCACACAUAAACUAGAAAAUUAAUGUUGAAAACAACCAAAGAGACUUGGUACCUACCCUUCUACAAAAGAAGUGUUACUAGAUGCCAAUCAGUAAUUAACAUAUCAAGGAGCUCCUCUUCUAGCUAAAUGAUCAUGACUUUCUCAUGAAUGUCAAGAAUAAAUGUCGGAAUAUCUGUGUACUUGAGCAUAUGUACACGUGGACAACAUUGAUGUUGUAGAGUAUGGCAACAGUAUUUUUUUCCCCUUUCAGAUUGCCUUUCUUAACCUUAUCAUGCCAUUCCAUAUAUAUCUGAGUUGUGCCUCAUUUAUUUAUUGGCAAUAUGUAGUGAUACAGAUUUAGCAAACAAAAGAUAUGAUGAACUAUUAUAUUAAGGUUUAUUUUCUAAGUCCCAUAUGUAAAAAGAAAGAUGGUGAACCGUGAGUACUGUGUACUUAGGUUAACACAAGCAAAGUAUAAGACAAGCCACAAGGUAAAUCUGUAGACUGUUUAUGCACAUUCUCCUCCACCAGUCCCUUCAAGCAUUUUUUCAUCCUCACAAAUAUUUGGGAAAGAAAAUUAGACAAGAUUUUGCUUUAUAAUUCCUGCUGUUCCUCACAGCUCAUUUUUUUCCUGCUUAGAAUUGGUUGCUACACUUAAAGGAGCAGCUUUUCUUUUGCUGUCAGAAUGAAGUGUUGGAUCAGAAGAGCUAGUAACUGCCUCUCAGCUCCUCCUUUAACUUGGUUUCCUCCUGCUUCCCUGGAACUUGGGCUGCAGAGCAGUCCCUGUCCCCUCCUCCGUGCAUUGAGACUUGAGCAUUCUGAUGAAGAUUCAGCAGUGGCCUGUUCUUCAUUCAUUUCUGUAGCCAAAGUUGUUCAUUAAAAUCCAAAUCUAAGUCAUGAAAAAAUACCAAAUAGGAACACCUUUCAACUACUUAAAAAUCUUAUCUUCCCUCUGCUUUACUCUCAUAGAUCCUCGGUUUUUCUUAAAAAACACUUGAUUCUGGGUGGCAGUCAUUAGGUGUUACCUUCUUUGGACUGCUGUGGCACUGGGUGAGUCACUGUUGUUCUCACAGCUACCAGUGAGGACUGUAAGGGUUCAUGAAGUUGCUGCCACGACUGGCGUCAGACCAGAACCAAGACACUCAAAAGCACUUCAGUUUUUGAGUGAAAAUAUUGGGAGAAAAGCAAAUACGGGGGAAGAUGGGGGCAGCAUGUGAGUAAAUACUACAGUUCAGUCUCCCAACUCCGUCCCAGGUUGAGGGGGUAAUUUGAGUCCUGUGCUCUGCUUUGUCACGUAAAUCUGGUUUAGGAAUGUACUAGUAAUAAAAGGAUGCCAGUGACUUUGAACAGUUUGUUGUAGAAUUCUCAGUGUAGAUUCGUGAAAGUGUUGUAAUUCUUCAGAAGUGCUUGGGUUGUUGGUCAUUGCCUUAAAGCGGUCUGCUUGCAGUUAGUUAAGGGCACUGCUUGUUGAAGGGAGAUGAGCCCUUGUUCAAGAAGCCUUAGGAAGGGGCCCCUUAAAAUAGUACUCUAUUUGCCGGCUCUACACAGACAGGUGAAAAUUAUUUUAAACUGGAAGUUACUCAACGUGUUUUAAGAUGUCUCCACGACAUUGAGGUAGCCUUUUUUUUUUUUUUAAAGUGGACUGCAAAUAGCAUUUUGCUCUGGUAUUGCUCAUUUCUACUUUUUUUCUUUUCCUAUAUUUCUCUGGUAAUUGAAAGUUUGUUGACGAACAUUUGUGUAAAACUCAUUCAAGUCUAUAACCUUUCCAAUGUCUGUGACCCUGUUCUUAGUCCCUCGGGAGUCAGUGUUGGAAGGUAUAAACACUGGAUAUUAUUAUUGCUGAGUGAGUCUAGCCAGGAAUAAGCCGAUUGGAAUUUUUAAACAGAGGAAAAGAAACAGCACAAAGGCACUUGCCAUUUUAUAGUGAUUGGAGGAAAAGAGUCUUUUGUUUGGGGUGGGUGAGCGUUCUUCCAAAAGGAGCUUCUGAAGUAAUUGCAAAGGAAAAGAGUUGACUAUUUUUAUAGCAUAUUUAAUAUAUUUGUAUAUAACUAUGAAUAUAAUAGGAACCCUUCACAUGCCUCCCCCCUUUUCUAAUUUACUUCCCCUUUUGCCAUAGCUCUAGCUUAGCCUCAUCCGCAUGGGUAACGUGCCUAUUGUCAGCCUACCAAGAGAUAGUGCUGCUGCUUUCUGAGACAGGUGAGAAGACCCAACUCUCAUGCCUGGGGAUCCUUUAUAUAGGAAUAGCACACACUUCGCAGACAACACACCACAGUCUAAAAGCAUCAUUUUGAAAGGUAACAAGCACUUUAUUGCAAUUACUCAUUUUGAUAAAGUUUAUUAUCUUAGAUACUACCAUUUCUAAAGGAUCCCCGAAUCAUCACUUAGGUGAAAUUUUUAAAUGACACAUUUCUGAGAAAUGUUUAGAUCCAGUGAACCAUAGUAGGUUUAUGGGAGUGAUUUCAUGGUAGCCAAAUGAACUUUGACUUUUGUUUUGAAUGUGGUGGAGUCAAGAGACUGUGGAUGCCUAGCUCCAUUUAGACACUAUUGUAAACCUAUCUUGCCUAAUGUGUGGACACCAAAAGAGACCAAUGAGCCUGUUUAUUUUCAGAGGUCUAGGAGAAUUGCAUCAGUGUGAAUAGAUGUAUAGAACUAACCUAAAAGUGAUUGGUAGUCAUAUUUUAGAAUACAGUAAUUUCAAGAAUUAUUCUGGGUGUUUUAAAUGUGCUCUGAAAUGUUGGCAUGUCAUUUCAGUGUUUCCAUUUGAAUUGCUCUUGUAAUAUUUUUGCACAGAAAGGACUGAGAAAGACUACUUUGGUUGAAGAAAAGGAAAAAUAAUAAUAAUUUGGUCAUAUUUUAAUGUCUCCUGUGGAAACACUGGGGAUGAAUUUUGUUGGUACAGUUAUUAAUUCAGGAUGUUUGAAACAGUAUUGAACAGCUCACAAGAAACUAAGCAAACGUGGAUAUUAAAAAUUAAAACUUUCUUUCCAUGUGACUGUUUUGCAUACUUUUUCCUCAUGUCAUAAUUUAACACUACAUUCCUUGUUUUUGUUAAAUAAAAUAAUACUUUGCAGGUUCUGUUUUUGAGUAUUUAACAAUAUUUUGUAAGCUGCCUGAGUUUUCCUAGGGAAACGUUCUUUAGUGAAAUAGUUUAUGAAGAGGUAUUAAGUGAAAGUCCAUCACCACCACCAGCAAAUACUGAGGUGCUGCAUUAAGUGACAAUCAAAAUAGUAUUUAUGGGAGAAUUUAGAAAGUGGUUUUUAAAGAAGCAAUUGCUUUGAAAGCAGUUCUCUGGGUUUCUUGAAUAAAAAUGGCUAAAUGUAUUUAUUUAUAUUUUUAAAUAUCUUUGUGUUCUGUUUUCUCAUCAGAGUGAUUUCACAGCGUAUUUAAUUGUGGUUUGUUUUGUUUUGCCUUGUAAUCUUCUAUGUGGAGGACUGGCUCUUCCCAUCUGGGGUGCAGUCCUUAGCCCUCGCGACGCCUCUUCAUGGCGAUUGGAACCUGUUCCACUUCAAGACAGCAGUGGAGCCCCAGUCCAGAUGCCCCUGUGCUUCCCUGCUGUUCUCAACUUAGAUAGGAAACAGUAAAGGUAACUCCUUUCAAAUCUGCUUCAUAUAGCUCCAAGUUUUUUCUAGUUUCACUUGCUGCCUUUUCUAUUUUAUGGGCACUUUUAAUAUGAUAACUUCCCCAACACAGCCAAACGCCAGUAUGACAGAACCCAAAACACGCGCUGCCUGUUUGGGAAAAUGUUAUUAAAACGGUCAGCAUCUUCUAAUGGCCGUCACUAUCAUAUCCAUAUUAAAAUCCAUCUAAAGUCCUUAAAUAUAGGUGGAAUACUGCAAACUCUUCUACAGAAAACAUUUGCUGUGUUUAUAUAGUGUAGUGUUGCUUGGUCCUUUAAAAACAAAGCUACACCAAACCUCCAUACACAGCAUUGUCCAAUAAAGCAGUGUUUCAACAUUUGAGGCCUAGAAAUUUGAGGAUACUUCUUGCUGGUCUGUAUUGGAACAGAAUUCCCCACCUUAGGGCUCCCAGAGUAGUUCUUGAGUCCCACAGCCCAGGUCCAGAGCACGCUCUAGCUUUUGGGAUCCCUUAGAGAAUGGUAAUUAAAGGAGGUCAACCACCAGUUGGAUUUAAUGAUAUAAAAAAUGUUUCUUGACUCUAAGGGUUAAAUUGGAGACACGAUGUCUUUAAAUGUAUGCUUUUUAGUUUCUGAGGAAACCAACGGUGACAUUGCUUUAAAAACUACAUUCAGAUGUUUUAUGAUGUGUAUUUUGAGUUGGCCUAUACUGGUACAGAUUCACUGCUGGCAAUGGUUGUACCAAUACUAAAGAGUUCAAAUGUUAGGAAAGCUCUGUUAUCUAUCUUCAGAUUGAUGUAUUAUGUAACCGGACAAUCACCAUCAAGCAAAAAGAAGAGGAAUCCUUUUCCUUUAUAGAUGUCAGCCAGAGCAGCUGUAAUUUAGAUCAUCCUAGAAUUACUCUGAAGUCUGUUUUAUCAUAUGGUGUAAGUCGGGGAGGGUGCUCAGUAUGGCACUUGCACAUUCAUUCUAUGUAAAGACUGAAGCCCAAAGACGAGUUAAAUUCAGUGCUGUAUUGAAACCAGUCAGUGCAAAAAAAAAAAAAAAAGUUUUAUCUCUGUAAAUUUUUAAUUGUUAAUUUAACAUCAGUUGGUAAUUGUAAAAACACACACCAAAUUCUUUCUAAUGUUCUGUGUGGUUCUUAGUGUACUACUCUUGACAUUGAUGUGUCCUUACUGCUUGGUUCUUGGUUUUAAAUUAAAAUUAGAUAUAGCCUGUCAUUCUUCCUUCUGAAAGGGUGGAGCUAUAAAUGGCUAAGAAUACCUUUUUUUUCCUAAAGCAAACAUUUCAUUGAAAUCCAGAUUGAUUUACAAAAACAAGACUGACAUUUUCCAAGUAAUAACUUCAGCCCAAAUCCUAAAUUACACAGAAGCACAAUGGGAUAAUGAAUGGUUUCAACGGUGCUAUAAUAGGUUCUCUGCUGAUUUUCAUGAGCUAUGUUUGGAAAUUCAAUAUUAUAUAAAAUGCGGAUCAUUUUGUUACUUAUUUAAAUAUUGCCAUUUUAAUUUGGUGUUACAAUUGGUCACACUUGUUUCUCAGAGCUGUCCUUUGAGAACAGGUAAAGUGUUAUUAGCCUACCUCCACUCAGGCCUCUUGCUGUAUAAUCAUUUUUCCAGGUUAUGAUGUGCACAGUUUUUAAAAACUAUAUGUACUAUGAUAAUGCUCUUUCCCAUACUCUUGUAUUCAGAACCUAAAAUUAUAGCAAAAGAGCCAAGCAGUAGCAUUGAGUUUUUUUUUAUAAAUGUAAAAUUAAUUAGAUUCAGACUUUGUUUCCUUAUUCAGUUUUAAAAAUAAAAAAUACCUCAGUGCUGUU